AUGAAGUGGCUGUUCGUCGUGCUGGCCUGUGCGGCUCUUUCUGAGGGACUCGUCAGAAUCCCUCUGAAGAAGACCAAGUCUAUCAGGUCCCGUCUGAGGGAGCAAGGGGUGCAUCUGCCCAACUUUGAUCCAGCCCUCAAGUACGAACCCUACCGAUCCCUGGCUUCAUCCGUCAUUCAGCCCUUGAACAACUAUGCUGAUACGACAUAUUACGGACCCAUCACGGCCGGGACUCCACCACAGUCUUUCACAGUCCUGUUCGAUACUGGCUCAGCCAACCUGUGGGUAGACUCAGUUUACUGCAGCACUCAGGCCUGCGUGUCCCACACUCAGUUUAACCCCAAAGAGUCCAGCACCUACUACAGCAAUGGUGAAACCUUCUACCUUCCAUAUGGAGCUGGAAGCCUUAACGGUGUCUUUGGCUAUGACACGGUCAAUGUUGGGGGGAUUGUCAUCAAAGAACAGCAGAUUGGCCUGAGCACCAGUGAACCUGGCGAGAACUGGGUGGUGGCUCCAUUUGAUGGUAUCCUGGGACUGUCUUACCCAUCCAUUGCUGCCGGAGGACAGACCCCUGUGAUGGACAGCAUGAUGCAGGAUAACCUGCUCCAGGAGGACGUUUUUGCCUUCUACCUAACUGGAAAUGAGGAGGAGGGCAGUGAGGUGGCUUUUGGUGGAGUCGAUACUUCCAAGUACCAGGGCCAGAUCUACUGGACUCCUGUCACCGCAGAGACCUACUGGCAGAUCGCCAUCAAUGGCUUCCUCAUCAACAACCAGGCAACAGGCUGGUGCAGCGAGGGCUGCCAGGCCAUCGUGGACACAGGCACCUCCCAGCUUACCUGCCCACAGCAGUAUCUUGGAUCCCUGAUGCAGAGUAUUGGGGCCCAAGCCAACCAGAAUGGCGAGUACAUGGUUGACUGCAGCGAAGUGAACAACCUUCCCACCAUCGCCUUCAAUAUCAACGGAGUCGACUUCUCUCUGCCACCCUCCGCCUACAUCUCUGAGGAAAACCAGAAUGGAUAUGAAUAUUGCAUGGUGGCCAUUUCAUCCACCUACUUACCGUCUCAGAACGGCCAACCCCUCUGGAUUCUGGGAGAUGUCUUCCUGAGGGAGUAUUACUCUGUCUAUGACCGUGCAAACAACCGGAUGGGAUUUGCUGAAGUUGCCUAA